AUGGACAAUAUCGAAGUUCCUGAGUACUUCAUCUGCCCCAUCUCUCUCCAAAUCAUGAAAGACCCUGUGACUGCAAUAACUGGCAUCACAUACGAUCGAGAGUGCAUUGAACACUGGUUAUUCGAAUUCGAAGGCGAAAACAUGAUAUGUCCUGUGACUAAACAGGCCUUGCCUAAAGACUCAGACUUGACGCCGAACCACACUCUCCUGCGACUCAUCCAAGCAUGGUGCAUCACCAAUGCAUCAAUGGGUAUUGAUCGAAUCCCGACUCCGAAACCUCCUCUUAACAAGUUUCAUGUCCUCAACCUCGUGAAAGGGCUUUGGGUCCCAAAAUUACAGCUGAAAACGCUGAAAAAAUUGGAAGUCCUAGCAAUGGAGAACGAAAGGAACAUGAAAUACAUGGUUGAAGCUGGUGUAGUUAAGGCAAUGGUCACUUUUAUCAUAGCAUGUUACAAGAAAAAAGAAACAACUGGUCUUGAAGAAGCUCUGAGUAUUCUCCAUCUUCUCCGAUCGGUGGAGAAGAAGAUUGUUCAAGAUGAAAAUUGUCAAAUUAUUGAUGCCUUGAAGUGGGUUUUAGAGUGUGAUUGGGAUAAUAAAGUGACCGUGAAGAACCAUGCAGUUUUGUUAUUGAAGACAAUCACCGGAAAAGCUGACUCCGGUGUAUUGGAGAGACUGAAAGUGGAAUUCUUUGAGAGAAUUAUACAAGUUCUAAGAGAAGGUAUUUCUCAACAAGGAAUAAAAGCUGCUUUGCAGGUCUUAUUAGACGCUUGUCCAUGGGGAAGAAACCGAAUAAUGAUGGUUGAAACUGGGGCAGUUUUCCAACUCAUAGAGCUCGAAUUGGGUUCUCCGGAAAACAGAACCACCGAGCUCAUCUUGGGAGUAUUGUUCCAUCUCUGUUCAUGCGCCGACGGGAGAGCUCAGCUUCUGAGUCAUGCCGGUGGUAUAGCUGUGAUCACGAAGAGAAUUCUGAAUGUUUCUCCUGCGGCCGAUGAUCGAGCCAUGAUGAUCAUUUCAUUGAUUUGUAAGUUCUCUGGGACAAGUUGGGUCCUUCAAGAGAUGUUGAGAGUUGGAACUAUUACAAAGCUUUGUAUGGUGCUUCAAGUUGACUGUGCUUCGUAUUUGAAAGAUAAAGCUAGAGAGAUACUUAGAACACAUUCUAAUGUGUGGAAGAACUCUCCUUGCGUUGAUGCUCCAGUCUUAACCAGGUACUCUAGCAGCUAG